AUGGCACAAUUCCAACGCAACCCCAAGGACUCGAUGAAGUCUACUUGGACACAAUCUCCUCGUUCCGAAUGGACUAUAUAUCACCAUUUUCUUGAUCGACUGGGCCUUCAUCCAAGUUCGCUUGACACAAAGCCCCCGGUACAUUCAAAGAGCGAAAAGGUUCCUCACCUGCCAAACUGGCACUUGACCAGAUGGGUUCUCUUCUAUGCCUUUAUGCCAAUUGCGCUGCAUCAUGCCUACGUAUACUACACUGGCCGCAACAUGCACGCUGUUGCUGCUUACUUCUUCUACAAUGUGGCCAUGACGUUAACCUCCAUCCACGCCGUGCGCGUCUUUGGUCGAAUGGGGAUCACGUACGGAUUUCUAGAUGGUGAUAAGCAUGCACGAGAUGGAGUCCCCGAUGUUGGCGUCGCAAAGGUCUUCUUCUCACUCACAUCGGCCACUACCUUCCGCUCCCUGCUCCUAAUCGUCCUAGCAUACCGGUCCAGUCACGAGCCCAGCGACAUCAAUUGGAAGUGGCUCCCUGUCGAGAUUGGCGUCUAUCCCGUUAUCCUGGAUUUCUGGUUUUACUGGUACCACCGCCUUAUGCAUGAGGUGAAUGCCCUGUGGCAAUUCCAUCGCACUCAUCACCUCACAAAGCAUCCCAAUCCGCUGUUAACCCUUUACGCGGACACGGAGCAGGAGAUUUUUGAUAUCGUGGGCAGCCCCCUACUGGCAUUUGCAGCUAUGAAGGCCAUGGGUAUGCCCAUGGGCUUCUACGAAUUAUGGGUGUGCCACAUGUUCAUCUUCUUUACUGAGAUUCUCGGCCAUUCGGGACUUCGCCUCUCCCUGUCGCCACCAUCGACCAUCACCUGGCUGUUGAAGAUGAUGGAUGCCGAAUUGCUCUUGGAGGACCACGAUCUUCAUCACCGGUCGGGCUGGAAGAAGAGCCAUAAUUACGGCAAGCAGAGUCGUGUAUGGGAUCGCAUCUUUGGCACCUGUGCACCGCGCAUCGAGUGCCAGAGCGAUAAUAUCGACUAUGUGAAUACGGCCACUAUACCGUUGAUAUGA